AUGGCUAACCUUUGGGAUAUCGCCUGCUCCAAGCUGCCCGAGGAGCAGCAAGGUUUACUCACGUCAGGACUGACUCUUCUGGCCCAGUUCGACGAGUUGAGCUUUACAGUCGAACAGACCCGCGGAGAUGCGGAAUCGCAUCGAUGGAAGAUCAAGACGAAGAAUGGAACCAUCGUCCUGCGCAAGCAUUUCGAUAAGAUGGUUUCGUGGAUUUAG